ACGGCGCUUUCAGUUCUGUCUUCUUUUACCGUAUCACUGGUUCCAAAACGCUUUCCUUUUAGCUUUGACACGUCCACCACGCAUCAGACAGCUUCCAAUAUGGCUUCUACUCUUCACUCUCUGCAGUUUAGCAUCUUUAUUCCGCACGAUCACGUCUAAAUUAUCACACUUUAUAUCACAUUGUUCUAGAGGCUAUCUCUGCAGGCCUCCGUGUUUACCGACUCACCAUCAGCGCUGCAGCCGCGUCUAGGUGCAUGCAGAUCGGGCACUGGACAAGCAUGGACCCGAUCUCUGGCUAGUCACGUUUAUCGUCUUUUUAAAGUCUUUUAGAGGAGUUUUGUGCUUAGCUUGGAUGCUAUUGCUAACGGCGGAGGGCUGUCAACAUGAACGGCACUCAGCAGACUGAUACAAAGAGACAGCACCUCCUGGAGAGGCUGCUGGAUGCUGUCAAACAGUGCCAAAUCCGGUUUGGGGGAAGAAAAGAGAUUGCCACAGACUCUGAUAGCAGGGUGAUUUGUCUAUGCGCCCAGUUUGAAGCAGUUUUACAGCAUGGUCUGAGGAAAAGCAGAGGACUGGCCCUCACAGCAGCAGCACUCAAACAGGCGGCAGGAUUCAGCAGCAAGACUGAAGGAGAUUUGACCUUCUGGUUCUACGUGAAGGAGCACUUGAAUCGCCACGAGCUGCAGCGGUUUUAUUCUCUGCGUCACAUCUCAUCGGAGCUGGGCAGGGGGCGGGCCUGGCUGCGCUGUGCCCUCAACGAACACUCGCUGGAACGCUACCUGCACUCCUUAGUGGCCGACCGCACACGUCUCAGCACAUAUUAUGAAGAUUGGGCUUUUAUUCUGGAUGAAGAGAGAGCCAGUAUGCUCCCCACUAUGGCUGCAGGCUUGAACUCCAUUCUGUUUGCCAUCAACAUUGACAACACAGACCUGAACGGAGGAGUGACUCGUGGUGGGGGCUCGUCUGUGUCUAACCUGCUCAAAGAGUCCACACAGGGCAUCGGGAGCCUGCUCAAGGAGUCCACUCAGGGGGUCAGCAGUCUGCUAAGGGAGAUCAGCACUGCCACUGCUGUAGUACCCGGAUUCACCCCUAGAGGCGACGGAGGCUCCGACCCACUGCCAGUCCUGCCACGGAGCACCUCUGCUGACUCUGGUCUUCGAAAAGAGCGACGCAAGAAGAAAAAAAUCACUAACAUCAUUUCCUUCGACGACGACCUGGAUGGAGGCGCGGAGGAUGAAGAGGAGGCAGAGGAGGACCACCAGAACAAUAAGAGUCUGAGAAAAAGCCACACCGCCCCUGCCCAGCCCCAAAGCAGUGUGGAGGAGGGGGUAGACCCAUUGGAGAACAGCUACUCGGCCUCUCCUGCCCAGAACGGAGUGAUGGAGGCAGGGAUAGUGAGCUGGGUGGGCUCCCCUCACCCAUCCAGGACCCCACCCUUGAGCACCCCUGUCCUGCCCGACAGCAAGAGCCUGGACAACGAAGAAGAGGAGGAGGAAGAGGAGGUGUACAAGCCCAGAGCGCAGGAGCAAGAGGAGGAGAGGACCAGCUCGGAACAACUGGUGGUGGGCAGUCUGACCAGUGUGUCCACAUGGAGCCCCCUGCAGGUGAUGGUAGAGCACAGCAGCUCGGAUAUCCUCAUCCCUGUCAAUGCUGCAGACCCCCAGCCAGUAAGCUCUGUGGAAGACACAGCAGCAUUUCCUGCUCAGAUCGACAGCACUGGGCCCACAGACAACUGUGAGAGCAGCAGUGUGCAGCUAACAUUCAAUAUGGAGUCGAGUUCCCCUGCCCAGCCUGCUCCUAUCUCUACAGCUCUGCCGACGUCUGCCCUGCCAGAGUCCAUGUCUGUGGUGGAGCUCCGCCAAGCCAUCGUAGCCAUGAUGAACCGCAAAGACGAGCUGGACGAGCAGAAUGCGUCUCUCCGUAGUUUACUGGACGGAGAGAUGGAGCACUCAGCCACCCUCAGACAGGAGAGCGAGCAGCUGAAGAAGAAACUGACUGAACUGGAGGAGCGACAUGAGGUCAAAGUUCAGGCUCUGGCCAGGGAAAACGAGGUGCUCAAAGUCCAGCUCAAGAAGUACGUGGGAGCUGUACAGAUGCUGAAGAGAGAAGGAAGCAGUGAUGCGCUGUCAGUGUUGCGGUCCAGUGAAGAUGUGGCACCCGCUCCGCAGAACAAGUUCAUAGGGGACAUCGAGGAGCUGGCGGCGAGCUACGAACGCAAACUUAUUGAGGUUGCUGAGAUGCACGGCGAGCUCAUAGAGUUUAAUGAACGCCUGUACCGCUCCCUCAUGGCCAAGGACCAUCUUAUUGUCCAGAUGAGACAGGAACUCAUUGACCUACGUGGACCGCUUCCAGGAGAUCUGAGCCAGACGUCGGAUGACCCCAGCCUGUCUGAUUUUGAAACUGCCCACCGUGCCCUCAUCAACGUGUGGAUACCGUCAGUGUUCCUUCAGGGUCGUGCUGCUAACGCCUACCACGUCUAUCAGGUUUACAUCCGUAUCCAUGACAACGAGUGGAACGUGUACAGGCGCUACACAGAGUUCCGAGAGCUGCACAACCUCCUGCGAGCACAGUUCCCCCAAGUGGACACCUUUAACUUCCCACCCAAGAAAGCCCUGGGGAACAAGGAUGCAAAGUUCGUGGAGGAGCGGAGGAAGCAGCUGCAGUGUUACCUGAGGAUGGUGAUGAACAAAGUGGUGCAGACUCUGCCGGAGUUCAGCACACGCCCCACCAAAGAAACCCUGCUCACCCUGCUGCCCUUCUGCCAAGACACCCCCCAGACCAAUGACAACGCCGCCAAGACUCCACGCUCAAGAACGUCCUCCCGCUUCCCCCGACUCGGACGCAACCGCAACCAGGACGCCCGCCCCGAACCCCAGAGCGGAGACCUAUAACAGAGGACCGCCCACUCCAGUUCGCUCCUCCCAUCAGCUCCCACAGGCCAAAGACUGUUACAGAGGCCGUUUCGGACCUUGGACUUAUCCUUGAGUCGAAAACUCAAACGAUUCGUGGACAGAUUUUAAACUUGCGUGCUGCCUUGACGGACAAAGGAUCGAUGUUAAAAGCUGAAUAUUGAUGGAGCUACGAAACAGCGCCGAUUACCUCAAAUACACAGACUGGAUAUAUACAUAAUGAAAUACCAGGACCAUUUUCGUACUAGUUUUGUAGUUGUGUACAUUGGUCACAGUGCCUCCAGUGUUUUGUAGCUGCUUUCUUCUCUCAGACGAAGGAUGAGAAGAGGAGACGCACGCCUAUAGUUUAAUGCAGUGAAUGUUGUACGCUUUAUAGUGCCAAUUAUUUGAAUAUUUGUGACGGACUUCUGGUGUGGACCACUGGACGAUGGGCAUUCCGUGCUUAGAAUAUAUACGUACAUGGCUAUAUACGGCUACAGCAGUUGUGAGUACUGUCACUGAGAAAAAGAACAGAUUUUAAACAGGGAAUGCAGUAUUAUCUGAUUUAAGUGCUGACUUCAGUCUUAGGAUCAAAUGUACACUUUUCUUUAUAAACAGUGUUUUUAUAAACUGGA